GCGACACGCCCGUCGAGUUUCCGCCACAACCGCGACGGAGAUCAGAUCGGGGGCUACCGCGACGCGUCAAGCGCGGCCGCCACGGUUGACGUUAAGCGUUCACAACGUACAGACUAUCAUCGUCGCUCUAUCCUUCUCGACUCUGUUCGCCCUAACCCCCUGUUGACUAUUAGCUUAGGCUAGCCGGCAGCUUCACCUCGACCCAUCAUGUCCGCGAGCCAAGGGCUCGACAACUUCCCACUGUCGCAUGAAGUCGUCCGCGCCCUAGCCAGCGAACUACAGAGACUUCGGGGCAAGCUCGCCGAAUUAGAAUCAGAAAGGCAGGGUUUGAAUGCCAGAACGCAUGAAGCUGAAGCCCGAUGCAAUGAAGUACAAAAGCAGUAUGACAGCAUGAAGCUACACUUCGAUGCCAGGCUCGCAGAUCUUGAAGACAAGAAUUUCCACCUUCAGCAGACCUUGGAUGCUACACGGAAGAAUCUACGGGCUGCAAAAGACUGCAGGAAGAGCCUGCGAUGGAACCUCAAGACAGCCAAACGACGCCUCGAUGAGAAAUCACGUCAAGCCAUAACUCAACGACUUGAACUCAACGCCGUCGUAGACAAGUUAAAUGAGCGAUCCUCCAAGUUGACGGAGGCACUGGCAUGCAAGCAAACGAGGGAGGAUCUGAAAUCUGAAAUACGACAAGCUGAAGCUCGAAGUAAUGAACUACAAGUGCAGUAUGACGACCUGAGGUUGUACUUUGAAGCACGGCAGCCUGAGGCGAAGAUCGAAGAACUCGAAAAGGCGAACUCCGGCCUUCAGCGGGAGCUGUCUGAUGUAUGGAAAACCCUACGAGCUGUCCAAGCCCGCAGUGAGGAUUUACGGGCGAACUUAAAGCGAGCCAAACAAGAACUUGACGAGACUUCGCAUGAGACAAUGGCUGAACGAGUUGAACACGGUUUCGUCGUGGACAUGUUGACUCAGUGGAACUCUGAGCCAGUGACGGAUAAUUGUCAGCAAGUGAAGUUGCAAGAGGCAGAGCUUGACCAAGAUUCCGCGCGAUUUCCUUCUGGAGAUGAACACAUCAUCAACCCGUCCUCCAGAACGCAGUCAAUACGUGCAAGCAUGCGCCCGCGCCCGCGCCUGGCAGCGAGAACUUGAACACAGUUGAACCAUCAUGACCGUCGGAAGACGUAGGCGCAUUCAAGUCGCUCCGAGAGAAUCAAUGAUGUCCUUAACUCUACGCGACACGUGUGUCACAACAUCCCUUCAUCGUUAUGGUUCUACAAUGUGCUCAUCCAAUCGCUCUAUCGAGUCAUGCCAAUAUCUGCUAAAUGCUUACUAUACGUUUCUCAUCGCCUCACUGAGUCUUGUUCUUGCUAUCUGUUGGCUAUCACUGCGUACCACCUCGUUACCAGUCGUCGUCGAUUCAAGACGAGAUGUAGACCUUGAAGCUUGAAGACCAAUGCUUGUUUUCAGGUAUAUAUUGUUCUCCGUAUACAUUCGGAAAUGCGAGUAGACCCGGAGCAGAUCAUACGAAUGGCCAGUAGCGUAUUGAUAUUUACGUAAAAACUCGGGCACGGUGGCG